AGUUUUAUUUGUUUGCUCAAAUGAUCGUUGUCAGUGCAAUCUUGUUGCACUCUCUUGCAAUAUCGUUUGCGUUUUCGGACGAAUGCAGCCUUCCAGGUGACUCUCCGGUGUUGCAGCGCAGAGGUGAGAUGGAAUUCGACGCCAAAGUUGCUGCAAACAUGGCCCACCACAAGACAGACAAAUUUAGGCCAUACGUACGAGACGGGCCUUCAUUCAUUAUAGCGAGGCGAGGUCGUCCGAUCGAAUUUGUUGUUCGCUAUUGGAAGCAUUGCAUUGGCAGUCCAAUAUUUUGGCUACGAGAUGAAAAUCGCAAUUCAACAGUUUGGAUGUGGACUGACGGCAAGUAUGACGAGAUGGCUGGAAAGAAUUAUUCUGUCUAUUCAAGACACCGUCAUUGUUUCCUCCUCUUCAUUCCUCCUCAUUUGCCCGUGGGCGAUUACGAAGUGACGGUGAAGCAUUCUUGUUCACAAUUUCCCAAACAGUUGGUGCACGUUCAGGUCAUAUUUGACGUUGAACAAAAUUAUAGGAGCAAGAGAGGAGCAGGCGGACUACCAAAUUAUUUGGUGGACGAAUAUCUUUACAACGACUUGGGCUUUCUGUUCGUGGGAGCCAGUGGAGUGCGAUGGGACUAUGCUGUCAGAUCACAGGCAGUGACGAGGACAAGACUUGAGAUAGAAAAGCGUAUGAAUGCGAACGAACUUGCUAAUACAUAUCUCUAUGCCCGUGCACUUACUCGUUACUUGGGAGACCCACUAACGGCAACUAGAGUCUUAAUAGGAAGAUGGGAUGGAAGGUAUGGCGACGGUAUAGAACCAUGGCGUUGGGCUAGCAGCGCGGACAUAUUUAAUCGCUGGCUACCAUUGAAAAAUCCUGUAAAGUAUGGACAGUGUUGGGUAUUUGCCGCUUUACUUACGAGUCUUCUCAGAUCCAGAGGUAUUCCUGCCAGAGUGAUCACCAAUUAUAAAAGUCAUCAUGACCGAGGCUUAGCAAACAACCGCCUAUCAGUUUUAAGACAGUAUGACAAAAUACAACAAGCUGAUGAAUCCGUGUGGAACUUCCACGUGUGGUCAGAGGCUUGGAUGGCUCGACCGGACUUGAAGCAACCAGCAAAUUGGAAUGCUCUAGAUGCAACACCACAGGAGCCUUCACCCUUAGCAGUUGGCAAUCAUUACCAAACUGGUCCAGCUUAUGUACCAUACGUCAAGCAAGAUUUACUUAACGAUGUUAACUAUGAUACCAAAUUUGUCACAGCGGAAGUCAAUGCAAUAAGGUGGUGUCCAAUCAAUCUCUUAUAUUAUAGGAAUGAAGUAGGUGUUAGUAUAGUAACUAAGGUACCUGGAAGAGGCGCUGCGGUAUAUUCAUACAACAACCCAUUGUAUAUAACUGGGAAUUACAAACACUUGAUUGGGAAGAGAAGUACAGACAGCAAAAUCCUACUGCCUCCACCUUAUUCUGGAUGUCGUCGAGAAAAUGGCCUCAGACUAUCAGCUAGUCCGGAGAUACCAUCGGUUGGGCAGACAUUCAAUCUCUUUGUUACUCAAGGAAACACGAGCGUGCCAGAGAGUAGUUUGUUAGUGUUGAUGGAACCGAUUGUUUACACAUCACAAUCCCUUGGAAUUGUCAGACUGUUCCUAGAAUCUUCAUACAUUACUGUUACCGAGGAUGACUAUCUCCCUUACUUACAAAACACGACAAUCUUUAAGUUCAAGGUGGGCGUGUGCAAUUCAUCUGGCCAUUUUGUGUUUCAUGAUGCUCUUCUUCUUCGCUUGGCGUAUGACAGUUUGAGCAUGCAAGUGACAAGAAAAGAAACCGGUCCUGAUUCCGUUGAUUUGGUGGUAACCGUUAGCUUCGACAAUCCAUUCUCAAUUCCUCUUACUGGCGUUGUACUGUAUGUCUUCGCCCCCAGUUUUGAUGUCUCUACUGAACAUCUUCCUGACAUUCCACCAGCAAGAUCUAUGUCUCGCACGGUGACUGUGGGCUGUGGAUCAACAACGGGCUCAAGAUUUAUAUUAGCAACGCUAGACACAGCAGAGACGUUUAAGUCAGUUAGAGGAUAUGCUACUGUGGAGUGUACGGCGGCCAAUGGUCGUUAACCCGUAGUGCGCUUCUGUGAGGAGGAUGUGACCAUGCAGAAACCGUUUUGUUGCUUUCCAUGUUGCUUUUCUUGUUGCUUCUCGCUCUAAUUGGACAUAUUGACUGCUGCUGAAUUUUUCGUGACUAUACAAUGCUUAAUAGCUCGUAGAUUCUGCGUCUUAGAGUGAGAGUGGGUGUCUCAGCUCAAGUGUUUGUAACUGUUGCUUAGUGUCGCUUUGGUGCUAUUUUCGUAUGUUACAGCAUUGUACUGUCAAAGUUUGCUGUUAUCAGUUUGACGUUAAACAGUUGUGGUAGAGUCUCAU